CUCUCGUCAGAUUCAUAUAUUUUACACUACACUGCACAGUGAUGCAUUUACACAAAGCAAGCAUAAACACACAGCGAGAGAGGCAAGUCUCGUCGUUGAAGAAAGAUCCCGCAAAAGCAAACUUUCCGGUUUGUUAAUUUAUGCUCUUGAUAAUUUUAACACGCUUACUUGAGAUUCCUUGUGUUUGAUUGUUUGUCAAGUUUCGCUGUUUGUGUCGAUAAAACUGUUCUAUUCGAGGAGAUCGGAUGGUUUCGGUGCAGUUGCGAUUGGAAUCGGUGAAUUCGCAGUUUCGGUUGACAGUUUUGGGGGCAAUUGUUGCUUCGAAACCGUUAUUAGUGAAAAUGCGGGCGUAAGGGGCAGUGGUUGCUUUUCGUGCAAUAAUGGCUGGAGAGAUCGAAGAACCAUUCAGCUUUAGCUUUCAGGCAGACUCUUUCCGCUCGGGCUCUAUAUCAUUUGGGAGAUACGAAAAUGAGUCCUUAUCUUGGGAAAGGAGGUCAUCUUUCUCUCACAAUAGGUACCUUGAAGAGGUCGAGAAAUGCUCAAGGCCUGGCUCUGUUAUUGAGAAGAAAGCUUAUUUUGAAGCUCAUUUCAAGAAGAAGGCUCUGAGGCAUCAGAAUUCCUCUGAGAGCCAAAAUGGGGAAGAAUGUGACAACGAAGUAUUGGAGAACAUGAAUUACAGGGAAGAAUAUGAUAAUGUGAACGAAGGUAGUGGAGAAGAAAGGAACCAAUUAAAUUAUGUGGAUGAUGCUAGCCAUUUUGCUCACUUUAAAGAGGAAUUGGAGAAUGUGGAUUAUGGUGAAGGAUUCGAUAGGGGGAAUCGAAGGAGUCAAUUUGGAUAUUUAGAUGAUAGUGGUACACACUGUGCUUAUUAUGAUGAGAGCCCCAAAGGAUUAGAACACCGCAAAGAAUGUGAAGUAGCAGCUUGUGGAGUAGAAAAUCCCAUGGUUUUCCGUUCUGGCCUUGAGAUUGAAGCUCCUAUGAGCAAGUCUAAUAGUUCUAUAUAUGGUUUCCAGGAAGAUGGCACACAAGAAACAAGUCAAACUGAAAUAUGCCCUGGCAAGUUACUUGUUGAUGAUGGUGAAACUGAGAUGGAAGUAAACCAGAGGGCUGAUGAUAUUAGCACUAGUUUUGAAUCAUCUAGAGCUUUUAACUUAUCGCCAAAGAACAGAACAGCCAAGAAAGUAGAUAAAUCUAGUCUUGAACCUCGUCGGACCCAUUCUGCAAAGUUGAUGGCUGCUGCAGCAAGUAAAUCAACAAAACUGGGACUGAAGUCUUUGAUCAGUGCAGUUGCAAAAGGCGCUUCUAGUGACCAAUCGAAAACAUCUGCAAAGAAUCAGAAUAUAAUGGACAAAGAGAGACCAAAAAAAGAAAAACACCCAUCACAAGCUGCAAUUCCUACUAGACAUUCGCUGAUCAGAAAUGCAAAAAAAGAGGAUACUGAGAGAACCAAAACUAAACAAAAUAUUGAAAGCAAAAGUGAAAAGGAUAUAAGGGCGAAGAAAGUAACUCAUCCACAAUCUUCUGCAUCAAAGGUUGAACCCAGAGCACAUGAUUCACCAAACAGACUUAAGCAUACUGUUGCUUCGACUAAGUUGGAUGUAAAAACAAGUGCUGCAACUUUCAAUUUCAAAAGCUCUGAACGGGCAGAGAGGAGGAAAGAGUUCUACAAGAAAUUGGAGAAAGAAACUGAUACUAAAGAGGCUGAGAUGAAUCAGCUCCAAGCAAAAACCCAGGAAAAGAAAGAGGCUGAGAUUAAACAAUUCAGGAGAAGCCUUAAUUUUAAAGCAACACCAAUGCCUUCUUUCUAUAGUGCUGGCUCAAUUGGGAGCAAGGCUGCAUCAUCCAAACACCAACCAGGCAAGGUACGAAACAAUUUGAAUGCUGGAGCUGCUGUAAAAUCGACACCACUUUUGAAAACAGGAAAUGAUUGGACUCUCCUUGCGACUGAGUCUCUUAGCCCAACUGAUCCCCCUGAAUCUUCAGAGGGUUCUAUUUGUACUGGAGAGCUAUCUGAAGUUCAUGCACUACCAUUGACUCCACCAACUGAUACCAACAGUCACCCAGAAGCAAUAGCGAAGGACAGGAUAGCCAGAAAGAAAGAGCAGGGGAAAAUGCAGAAACAUCAAGUUCCAGCCAACAAUAAAAUGACGAAAGAUCUAAAAGUUAGAGGGAAGCUGAAAGCAGGAGCUAGGAGAAACGACUGUGAGGUAGCAAGAAAGCAAAUGAGAGGCAUUGAGAUUGGUAACAGUUCUAGAAUGCGUCAUUUAACACUUGGUGUGGCCUCCUGAGUCCCAAAAAAGUUGCCAAGUUCCGCACUCUGCUUAAGGAUAUCAAAUCGUGUAAACAGGCUUAUUUGUGUCCUCUCUACUACCAGGAAAUUGUCUACAUCUAUACUGGAAAAGCAAGGUGAAAUCUGGAGGUUUUGGCUUUGUCCAAAUGCCUCUCAGCGAUGCAUACGACAGAUAUGGUCACAAUCACUUGCUCCGAGUAGCUCCCAGUAGUUGGCCAUUCUCAUUUUGUGCUAAAAUUGCUGAUAUAAAGCAGGGAUGUGAUAUGAGGCCCGAAAAUGUAAAACUGGUGGCUGACUUGCUGGUUUAAUGCCACCAUAUUUACUAAGAAUCACUAGAAACAUGCUGUCAUAUAAUGUUACCCGUGUGAGUAUGUAUGAUCUCCAAUUCUCCAUCAAAACUCUCGGAACUAGUAAACUAUCUCAA